GAAUUCUGUUCAAUGACGGGUUUGAAUUCAUGAACUUAAUUCUUGGUCUAACUCGAGAUGAUAUUGAUAAGCUAGGGUUCAAAACCGGUCAUAAGCGGCUCAUUUGGGAUGUGCUAAAGACUACUCGUGGAGACUCCGAGGAGCCCCCGCAGUCACCAUUCGCCGUCGGAGGAAUCAGAGACAAAUCUAUUUCUUGCGUUGAGAGUCCUCAAGUUAGACAGCAAGUCAAAAACGCUGCUAAUCCGACCGACGUGAAUUUGAAUGACCCUAAAUGGCUAAUUCUAGAUUGCAUAUACGACGAGCGACCUCUGUUUUCGGGAACUCAGCCAGCAGAUUCGCAGAAGUUUUGGGCGAGUUUGACUGAAAAAGAGCGCAACGAGUUUGUCUCGAGGUUCAAAACUUCGGCUGAUAAAAUUCAAUUAUGUCAAAACGUUGAUGAUUUGGUCAAAAGUGAGAAGCUUCGAAAAGUCGCUAUGGUUCUUUGCGAUGCUGGAGAAUACGAGUCGGCUGAGGCUAUUGCAUUAGUUGCAGCAAGUUUUUUGAGCCGAGAAAGCGAAUUUUACUGCCUCAUGAAAGCAAUUUUGUGCUACGCUACUAUUCAUAAACUGAAAUUGCCGAUGUACGUCAGUGAAAAUCCGGCAGACGAUGCUGAAAAAUGGAAGGGGCUGUUCCGGGCGUUGGAGGAGGUCAUAGAGGCAGCAAUGGGCGACGGGAGAACUAUAAGUACUGAAAUGUACAUCAAAAUGAACAUCAUGAAGAUGUUUACGAUUGGGAGCAUCAAAAAUACCGGAUGUGAGUGGGUUCUGGAAGAUGAGGAAUCCUUCGUCGAAACUGUGGAAAAGCUGUGCCAGCAAGUGACGGACAAAGGGCUGAUGGCCGAACUGCUACUGACUCAGGCCAACUUGAUCGACGGGAAAGAGGCUGUUCGGACCCUGUUGAAAGCGCGUGAAAUGUGUCUGGCCUCAUACGGGGAGUUCAGUGUGCUCAGUUCGAGGUGUUACUACAACAUGGGCUGCGAAAUAGAGUACAUGGGUUACAGGAGAGUGUCCUACGAGUGCUUCAGACGCUCCUGGAUGAUCUAUCGUCAUAUUAAAGGCAUACACCACCCACAGACAAAGAAAGUGGCUGGUAUUUUGACUGACGAUGAAGAGGGUUACCCGGCGAUAGCUGCCGAGUUGGGGGACUCGUUGCCUAGCGACGAUCAUCUAGAGGGGAUGGAUUUGGAUUACGAGGAGAGGCUGAAGCUACUUUUGAAGCUGGAUCUAGAUGGAAAUGGUUCGUCCGAUUGUGAAGACGAUGAGGACAAAUCGGAGUGAUGCAAAAUUAUCAAUCAAUACUUUAAUUUUCAUCUACCUGUUUAUUUUACCUAUUUAUUGGCUUCAGAAUUUUACGUUUUAUUCAAAUCAGCCUCUUAAGUCAAUUCCUGAAUACAAAAAUGAUUUGACUGAGAGCAUUUUUUUUUAGAAAAUCCUUCAGAAGACUUCAAAAUUCUAAGUUCAUGAAGAAGUAUUUUGCUUGCUUGAUGAUUCAUACAGUAUUUUCAUUUUAUUACAUUUAA